UAGGGAAUGAAUCAGUUGCGAGUAGGUACACGACACGAUCUUCUUUCAUGCUGAUCGACAAUAAAUGAUGAAUGUGAUUGUUUCCGGAGAGGCAGUCGGAUGGUUUCCGAGGAGCCUUAUUCUUUCCUCACCUACCCACUUACCAACCUACUAUGCUACUAUCUAUCUUCUGCAGUAUCACAACCCAGUCAUCCCACCACCACCUCCCCACACAUCCCACCGCAUCACCCUCCACUCCCUCACGCAUGCACAUACACCCAGACGCAACGCAAGAGCUAUCAAGCAAAGACAAGAAAGACGUGGGGGGAGGCGAGUGGGGACCAACCAAAAGCAAAACAGCAAACCAUCCUAUUGUUCCUCCCUCCUGCAGCAGAGACCUGCGCCCACCAUCCCAAAUAAUGAUCUGUCAAACAGGACUAUUGUCUAUGCGCCGCAGAACUGUGGGUCCUCGGACAACAACAAUCACCGGAAACUACUAGGUUGUUUGGUGACUAGAUAGGACCGGACGGACUAUGUCUGAUUGCGCAGCCUUUAUUCGUCCUACCGAUCGAGGGACCGACUUACC